GUCCCCGUGGAUCACGUGUCCCGGGCUGGCCAAUCCGGGGCGGUCGAGGGCGGAGGUAGGCCCCGUUGGGCUGGGUGGCUGGAGCAGCUCGGGCCGGGGCGGCGCGGCCGGUGCUGGCCCCAUGAAGCUGCGGGCACAGGCGGAGCAGAGACCGGCCUGGGCCUGCCCCGCUGCCCCUCGCGGGCUUGGCCGCUUUACCCGUGGGUCGCCGCCGGCCGCUCAGCGGGGCCCGCCCCACCCCGCGCGCAGGUGCAGGUGAGGAUGAGCUUCCCCGGCGGCGCCUCCGGCUCUCCCGGAUGCCGCGGCUGAGGCUGCUGCGGCCCGUGCCCCGGCCCCUGCCAUGGCUCUGCUGGGCUCCGGGGCGGCGGCCGAGGGCUCCUCGGCGGGCGGCGGCGGCCCGUCCUGCCCGCUCUGGACCGCGCUGUACGAUUACGAGGCGAACGGGGAGGACGAGCUGAGCCUGCGGCGGGGCGACGUGGUCGAGGUGCUGUCCAAGGAUGCGGCCGUCUCGGGGGACGAUGGCUGGUGGGCGGGCAAAAUCCGCCACCGCCUCGGCAUCUUCCCGGCCAACUAUGUGACUUACCAGCCGGGCCGGUACCCGCCCCAGCACCGCCAGCAGGAGAAGGGCGGGCGCCCGGCCCCGAGCCCGGCUCCGCAGGACUGGCGGGCCGGAGGCGGGGGAGACCAGCCCGGCUCCCCAGCCCAGAUUGACUUCCAGCAUCUGGAGCUGCAGGAGAUCAUUGGCGUGGGGGGCUUCGGCAAAGUGUAUCGGGCCACCUGGAGGGGCCAGGAAGUGGCGGUGAAAGCGGCCCGGCAGGACCCCGAUGAAGACAUCAUGGCCACAGCGGAGAGCGUGCGGCAGGAAGCCAAGCUGUUCUCCAUGUUGAAGCAUCCCAACAUCAUCGAGCUGCACGGAGUCUGCCUGCGGGAGCCCAACCUCUGCCUGGUGAUGGAGUUUGCGAGGGGAGGCUCCCUCAAUAGAGCCCUAGCAGGGGCAGCCACCACCGGCGGGGGAAGCCGUUGGGGCCGCCGCGUACCUCCGCACAUCCUGGUGAAUUGGGCAGUACAGAUAGCCCGCGGGAUGCUCUACCUGCACGAGGAAGCCAUCGUCCCCAUCCUACACCGAGACCUCAAAUCGAGCAAUAUUUUGUUACUUCAGAAGAUAGAACAUGAUGACAUUUGUAAUAAAACUUUGAAGAUUACAGACUUUGGCCUGGCUAGGGAAUGGCAUAGAACAACCAAAAUGAGUGCAGCAGGUACCUAUGCAUGGAUGGCACCUGAAGUUAUCAAGUCUUCCGUGUUUUCUAAAGGAAGUGAUAUCUGGAGUUACGGAGUGUUGCUGUGGGAACUGCUUACAGGAGAAGUUCCUUACCGUGGCAUUGAUGGUCUUGCUGUGGCUUACGGAGUAGCUGUCAAUAAGCUUACCUUGCCCAUUCCAUCCACCUGUCCUGAACCAUUUGCUAAACUAAUGAAAGAAUGCUGGGAGCAGGAUCCUCAUAUCCGACCGUCGUUUGCCUUAAUUCUUGAACAGCUUACUGCCAUUGAGGGGGCAGUUAUGACUGAGAUGCCUCAAGAAUCUUUCCACUCCAUGCAAGAUGACUGGAAAUUGGAAAUUCAGCAGAUAUUCAGUGAACUACGGACCAAGGAAAAAGAGCUGCGAUCACGGGAAGAAGAGCUGACAAGGGCUGCUCUUCAGCAGAAAUCUCAGGAAGAAUUACUAAAGCGACGUGAGCAGCAAUUAGCGGAACGCGAGAUUGAUGUACUGGAGCGUGAGCUGAAUAUUUUGAUAUUCCAGUUAAAUCAAGAGAAGCCCAAUGUGAAGAAGAGGAAGGGAAAGUUUAAAAGGAGCCGGUUAAAACUUAAAGAUGGACAUAGAAUUAGUUUGCCUUCAGAUUUCCAGCACAAAAUAACAGUGCAAGCUUCCCCUAAUUUGGAUAAACGAAGAAGCUUAAACAGUAACAGCUCUAGUCCACCAAAUAGCCCCACAAUAAUUCCUCGUCUUCGAGCUAUACAGCUGAUUUCCAAAGCAGACACAAAUACAGCCAAUGGCCGAAGAAACAGUGUAUAUGUGUACCAGCAAGAUGUAGAUAUCACAAGUGAAUAUGAACUUUCCAGUGGGGUUAUGAAAAAAGUAACCUCAGAUGAAAGCAACAGAACCUGGGGAAGAAGCACAGCUUGUCACCAAGAAGAAUUUGAAGACGUGAAGAAAAGCUUUAAAAAGAAAGGUUGCACAUGGGGACCAAGCUCAGUUCAAACAAAGGAACGUGCAGAUUGUAAGGAGAGAAUAAGACCUCUCUCGGAUGGCAACAAUCCUUGGUCAACUAUUUUAAUGAAAAGUCAGAAAGGUGUUCCAUUAGCCUCCCUGUUUGUGGACCAAGAUGUUUGUACAGAGCAGAGACUUUUCCCUGAAAGCUUGGAUGCAAAAAGACCAAAGCAAAUGAAGUUGCCAAAUCAGGCUUAUAUUGAUCUACCUCUUUGGAAGGAUGAUCAGGGAGAAAACACUAUAGAACAUGAAAGCUUUGAAGAAGGAACCUCUGCUAGUUCUGCAAAUAGUACUCCACAAAUGACUCCUACAAACAGUCUCAAUAGAACACUGCAGAAAAAGAAAACUGACUCUAUAUUGUAUGGAUGUGCUGUUCUCCUUGCAUCUGUAGCUUUGGGCUUGGAUAUUAGAGAGUUAAACAAAUCACAGGUUCCAGACGAACUGUUGCCAAAGGAGGAGAAGAAGAAGCGAGAGGGAAUAUUUCAGCGUGCUUCAAAGUUUCGCAGGAGUGCAAGUCCUACAAGAUUGCAGUCCAAAAAAGAGGAAACCCAUAUUCCAUCUCUAAGUCCAUCUGCAAAUACCGUGAAUCUUCUCUCUAUGCCUUCUCUUUCCACCAAAUGCUUGCUUCAGUCUGACAGUGAAGAUGCGUUUGUAAGCAUCACUCCCAGCGAUUGUGACACAGGCAUUCCCAUUGAGGCCUUUUCAUCUGAAACUUCGGCAACUAAGACGGGGGAACAAAGGGUAAAGCCGGUGCUUGACACUGAUCCUGCGAUGUUAAAGAAUCAGUCUCCUAUUCUUCCUCUGAAACAAGAAUCUGAAAAAGUGCCAAAUGACUCUUCAUCAAAAUUGAGACAAUUGGGUCACAGACGAACCAUGUCAGAUGGAAAUACUUUCCAGACUACGUCUAAUGGAAUCACUUCACCGAAUGGAGUCUCUAUGUUGCCAGUUCUUCCAGUUUCUGCGAUUCUGCAGUCUACAUCUGUUCAGCAAAGAAGCAUCCACCAUGACCCAUCACCUGAAAAGCAAAGAGCUGUCAAUAUUAUAUCAAGGCCUCGACCUUCUUCUCUAAGAAGCAGAAUAGAUCCAUGGCAGGUUCUUCCACAAAGUAUAAAGCCAGACUCUACAGAAGUGGACUAUUUAGAAAGUUAUGUAGGUCCCAAUGUUAACUUUGUACCAGAUUCUGAGGAGAGAACUAAAUCCCACAUUCCUUCAUUACUUGAUAUUGAUGUGGAAGGUCAAAACAGAGACUGUACAGUGCCUUUGUGUAGGAUGAAGAACAAAACUUGUCGGCCAUCAAUAUAUGAACUGGAGAGAGAAUUUUUGUCUUAAGUGCCUAGCAUUUUUAAAGUAUUUCCUUUUUUAAGGAGAAGAAAAAAAUUUAAAUUCUUUUGAACAUCUAAUAUUUCAUGCUACUGUUUUCUAAAAUACUGUGGCCAAUACUACCAAAAUUUUUGUAAUGGGCAGCUAAUUUUGUACAAUGUAUAACAAGGGGCCUAUCUUGAAUUUUUACUGGAAUCCCAUCUAGUAACCUUAAAAGCACAAUGCUGGACAACAGUAUUCUGGACAUACAUCUCUAAGCACAGUUUGAAUUGCUAAAUUAACUUGUCCAAUUACCUCCCACAAAAUCUCACCUUUUCUCUGCUAGAGCUCUUGCUUUUUGGUGUGUUUUUUUUUGUUUGUUUUCUCUCACACAUUGAAGGACUAAUUGGCAUGCAGAGGAUUUGCAUUCAAGUCAUGGGGAGUUCUGUGCACAUACAUUUUUCUGGAACAGCCCCUUUUGAACGGUGGAGUUAAGGAUAUUUUUUUUUGGUUGGUUGGUUUUUUUGUUUGUUUGUUUUUGUUAAGAUGCCUGAAUAGAAGUGCUCUACCCACUCUGCCCCAAAUAGUUGGUUUUCCUUUGGCAUUGACUACAUUAUGUGAGUAACUUACCACCACCAAAUGAAUUUGCAUAGUUUUGCCCCUGACUAUUUUGAAAUACAGUAGAUUGUCAAUCGUAGAAUUAACUUACCUAAAAAGUUGUAAUUUAAAUUAAAACUAAAUUUAAAUUUGAGUGACUGGAAUUUGGUUCAAGGUAUUUAAUGUUCUUUGUUUUUUUGUGUGUGUGUGAAGCAACAUUCCAUUAGGUAAAGAUAAACUGGAACUUUUAUAGUCGUGCUCUGACUUUUUUUGAACACAUCAGUAUAUUUGCACUGAGAAGAGUAUUCUUCUUGAUGAUUUUUAAUUAAAACGGAGUUCUCUGGGUUACUGUACCUUCUGUUUGGGAAAGAGGAUUUUCUUAAAAUGAGAACAGUGCAGUUAACCAAGUUUGUUUCUAGCACAACUGCAAACUGUUACAGAGUCUAUUUCAAAGUAAACCCUGCCUUUUCUUCCUUAUAUUGUCAAUGGGAGCCCUGCUUUUCGUGCCACGGUGUGGUAUGAAACGGCAAAAAUUUGAUACACUUGAUUUCUUACUUAGUCAGUAAAUGUCCAACAAAUUCAUAACUAUAGAGUUUUGGGGGGAAGUGUACUUAAACUUGACCAUGUAGCAACUUCGUUUUCCCAAAUCACUAAAUUAGUGGUGACUAAUUUAAACACUGUUUUACCAAUAAUUGUUGGAAGUGCUGAAGGAGGAGCAGCAUUAGAAUUAAGGAGUAUUUCUUGAAUUUUGACAACUAGAAAUUCUCUGUAUCCUUUUUAGAUUUAGAUAUGCUGCAGAAAUAAAAUUACAUACUUAAGUAAAAAAAAAAUUUCAUUUCCCAUCAGGACAUUUUCUUGUUUUAAGGCCUUUGUUUAAAUGCUUUGUCUCCUUUACCCGUAAGUCUGGGAGCUCAGAUUGUCCAUUGUUGAGCAGAAUUCAUGAGCACCUAGCAUCAAAGCAAAGGAAUUAAAAAGCCGUUUUUUAUUCUAUAGUGCACUACAUUGGUUAUAUUGCAAGUGGGAGAGAAGAAUUGGAGAAUGUCAAUCCUGCAGUUUUAACCUUGCAGAGAAGUGGAUAGAUGGACAGAACUUCCCUGAGAACAAGCUCACAAUAUUAAGAGUGGAAAUGAAAGAACAUUUUCUUAAAGUAUUAUUUCUACAAAAAAUGUUGACACACUAACCAAUGGUUGGCUGUAAACUGAGUGACUGUAUAACAGGUUAUUAUUAAAUUAUUGCAUUUUUGUUCUAUCCUGUUUAUUUUCAGUAACCUGUAUAAUUGCUAUUAAGUUUGUUGUAAGUACUGCAUACUUCAAAACUUAGGUACCACAAAUUUCAAAUACCAUACAAUGUUCUUUAACUUGUAUUCUUUAAACUUGUACUUAAUUUUAUCAGGUACACUUCAGUAGAUGAAGUUUAGUUUUUAAUUUAAAAUGUAAUGAUUGGAUCUCAUGUUGUACACAAUUAAUUACACGUAGUGCUCUGUGGAAAACAUGGAUCAAAUCUUAAAUAUAGUUUGGUAGUGUAUUUAAUUUUGAAGAUGAAAGUUACAGUUGUGAAACAUGUCUACUUAAACUGUUUCAGGAGGGAUCAUGCCUUUAUAAUAUUGAGAGACAUUUAAUUGAUUAUAUUAUACAACUAUCCUCCUGGGGAAAGUACCUCUACUAGGCUUUCUAAAGGAAAAUCUCAGGUGCUGUAGUCAUAUUGUCUUGUAAACUUUUGUUCAUUCUACUUGGUUUUACUUCAUUAUGAAUGUUGAAUUAUGCACCAUAGAUUUUGUAGUCAACAGCCAGCAUAAAAAUGCCCCACUCUGGGCUGUAUUGUUUUCUCUUACCAGUCAUCCUUAUCGUGAUCUGUUUUUAAGCAAAAUUCCCCAUUGAUUUUAAUGGGGGAUUCAGCUUAAAAAUGAAUGGUAUGGCCCAAUUACUGCAUGGUAACAAUGUUAAGAGCUAUAUACUCAGAGUUUGCACCCCAAGAAAAAGAAGGUAUGUAAGCCAUCUCCAACAAACUUGUUUUAUUGAUGCAGUCUUUUAGCUAUAGUAUAUAAUGUUCUUUAGAAUUAUUUUUUCACUUCUUCUUUUCUGUAGUUUAAAAUUAUAGGCCAGUUUUCACUAAAAUGCAAAGAUUAAAAAUAAAGAUGAUUAAAUCCAUAGUUUCACACUUUCUGUUUCACAUGUUACCAGAGAUACCUUUGUACAAGUAAGGGAAUCUGGUAUAUAUUUAUAAUGAUUUUACUUCUGUAUUGGGUAUAGCUGGUAAAAGAUGUAUUUAUUGUCAUGUAUGUGAAUAGUCUCACCAUAUAAGUGAUAAAUUUAUACUGAUCAUGUUGGCAUACAAUUUCAAGGUGCUUACAUUGCAGAGAUUAAGGUAACUACUUGACAUGCUGUUUUACAAAGCCUUAUGACUGAAAUAUUUUUAUUUUAAAAUAAACUUUUGUAGCUAGUGUAUUGCAUAUUGGCCUUGGCCUUCUUGAAAUUAGGGCAGGUUUUAAAGCGUUUUUAUAUCUUAAACUCCCUUGUACAAAUUUCAGGGAGUAACCAGGAACUAUGAACAGCCUGUUCUUAGUCCUUCAGAAUGUGGGAAACAUGUAGUUAUUGUCAUUGAACUAAAUGUAAGUGAUUAAUGUUAAUCUGAGAAGUCCUGUAGGUUUUUGCAAUCUUGAAAUGCAGAUUAAAAUAUUAAUAGUA